AUGCCUCCUCAACCAGGCCGUCUUGAAAUUCUCCUCCGUCCUUUGACGAUGAUCUGGUUCUCCAUCUGCCUGCACUGGGAAGCCCUAAAAGAGGCAAUCCGUCGAGAGGGCUUCGUUGCCCUUGGACGCCCGCAACAAAUCCGUGAUGCCGCCUCUGCAAGACUACUCACCGUAAAUUCCAAGGGCUUCAUCGCUUACGAGAACACAACCAUCGUCCCCUCGCUCGUCCACGCCGCCAGCGGGGUUGUCCUUGAGCUGGGUCCCGGACCCGGCAACCAGAUCCACCGUUUCGAUCCCGGGCUCAUCCAACAGAUCUACGGAGUCGAGCCGAAUCCCUUCUUCAGGGAUGCGGUAGAUGCCAAACUAGAGCAGUCCGGGCUGCGGGAUAAGUACAAGCUGAUCGAUUGCGGCAUCGAAGAUAGCGAUGUCCUCCGCGCAGAAGGAAUCACCGAGGGCAGCGUGGACACCGUGCUAAGUAUCCAGGUCCUUUGUGCUGUGAAAGACCCGAGGAACGUGAUGAAAGAGGUCUGGAAACUGCUCAAGCCUGGAGGCAAGUUUGUGUUUUGGGAGCAUGGAGCGAGUAGAGAUCGAUUGACGUCCGCGACACAAGCUUGUUUGAAUCCUGCUUGGAGCAGGCUCAUCGGAUGUCAUUUGACGCGGAACGUGUUGGCGGAUAUUCUUGAUAGCGGAGAAUGGGAGAACCCGCAGGAGAUCGAAGAGCCGGUGGAUCCUCGUUCUUUGCUACCGAGAAUCCAGGGUAUUCUUGUAAAGAAAAGCGGCUAA